CCCCUUUCUUCAAUUGUACGGGGCGGCGAUGGUGGUGUUACAGACGGACGGAGCCCACUGGGAUGACUUUGAAGCCAAGGUGCGCGUCCUGAGUGACAAAUCGCCGCAUCAGCUGAAGCUGUCGUUCAAGUUCAAGCCAAAGACGAGUCUCGUGGUGCGGGCUGUGAACGAGGGCGACUCGCGGCCAAUUGUGCUACAGUGUAAAUCGAACGAACAGACUCACGUCGGGCGGGUGGCCAAGCUGCUCAAGCUGAGCAUGGUCGAAGUCCUGGGACCGUUGUCACACGAGGUAGCGACGCCGCUGUCUCCCUCGGCGAAGAAGAAGGCGAAGAAGAACAAGGGCAAGGCCACUGUUUCAAAGUCAUCGAAAUAGAGUAACACUGAUCAGUCGAUCAAAUGCAGAAAUCACUUGGUGCGACGAUACACUGUAAGAGUGCUUCGGGC